AGAUUUUCCAUUUAAAGAGGGGUUUACUUAAAGCAUCAAAUUACGUUCUCCAUAGCAAACUCCCUCCACGUGUGUUGGACUUAAUUUUUGUUCAGUUAUCCCAAAUUCUACGACCAGUCCUCCUCCAGAUGAGUCGCCAGAACGUGAUCCAGCUGUUCUACGGAACGGCGCUCCUCACUGCGAUCAUGGUGGCUCCCCUGGUCACGCUGCAGUUGCAUCUGGACAGAAACGAGCUGCCCACCGCCUACUUCCGUUACCCGGGAGUCCUGUCCACCGCCGUCAUGUCCCUGGUGCUGACCUGCAUGGCAAUGGCACCCUACCUGGUGACCCCGACGCACUUGGAAACAAAGCACAAGAAGAAGUACUUCCUGGCGAUGCUGCCCUGGAUCCUGGUCUGCUGGUUCAAGUUCGCGAUUAACGUGAAGCUGCAACUCAAGGCGAUCUUCCACGUUGCGAAUGGGAACGAGCCGCAGGGUUUGGUCUUCGCCCUGGUCGCCUACUGCGCCAUCUUUGGCCUGGCCCUGGAGCAGAUGCUCCACUGGGGCGUUAUCUACCACCUGAUGACCGAGGGAGUCCUUACGAGCGUCACCAACUUUUGCCUGCCGAGGCGGGCAUCGUAGACUGGCACAUUUGAGACCAAUGGUCGUUACCAUUAUAACGCAAACCUUGUACUUCACUACACUAAUUGUUCACUAUUGCGAAAAAACCAGAUCGAUUUGUAAAAUUUUUAUACGUUAACAGACAGGAAGCAAUCAUUUUUGCCGCACAGUUUUAUGAAAGAGAAAUGGCAUACCGCAAAUUAUAGUUCCAAAUUUGAACUUUAAAUAUUAUACUAUAUUAAAAAAAAUGUUUUCAGAUUUUUAAA